AUGGCUUGCUACGAUGUGUGCUCCCCCUCCGCCUGUGGUGUCUACCGUCCCCAGCCCCUGGCUGACAGUGGGAAUGAGCCAUGUGUCCGUCAGUGCCCUGACUCCACCACUGUGAUCCAGCCACCUCCCGUCGUCGUCACCUUCCCUGGCCCCAUCCUCAGCUCCUUUCCCCAGGGUUCUGUUGUGGGGUCCUCUGGAGCUCCUGUCCUUGGGAGCUCUGGGGGCUCCCUGGGCUAUGGCAGUCUGGGGGGCUAUGGCAGUCUGGGGGGCUAUGGCAGUCUGGGGGGCUAUGGCAGUCUGGGGGGCUAUGGCAGUCUGGGGGGCUAUGGCAGUCUGGGGGGCUAUGGCAGUCUGGGGGGCUAUGGGGGCUCAUCCCUGGGCUGUGGAGGGGGCUCCCUGGGUUACAGGGGUCUGUAUGGCUAUGGUAGAUCUUAUGGUUCUGGCUCUUGCAGCCCUUACUCCUACCGGUACAGCAGGUACCGCCGUGGCAGCUGUGGGCCCUGCUAA